UAUGUUAUUAUAUGAUAGAAAUGAUAGAAUUUUAAUAUUUGAUAGAGAUGAUCUGAAUCAUGGUCAUUCAGUUUUCACUCAUUAUGGAUAUUUGCAUGGACUGUUAUGGCAGCUCUGCAGAGCAGGAGUUAUUGCAGGAUCAGAUGGGAAUUCCAUUUGAGAGUGGAGGGAAUUCCCUUAGUUCUGGAUCAGACGGGACUAAGAGGAAAGUAUCAUUAUUUUUUGACCCAGAAGUGGGAUAUUUUGACUAUGGAAAUGGGAAUGCUAUGAGGCCUUACCGCAUAAGAAUGACACAAAAUCUUGUUGGUGCAUAUGGUUUGCACAAGGAAAUGGAAAUUGUUAAGCCCUAUCCUGCAAGAUAUAGAGAUCUAAUUAGUUUCCACAGAGAGGACUAUGUAGCAUUUUUGAAAGGAAUAACUCCAGACACAAUGCAGGACGAAGCCGAAGCAUUGGAACGAUUUAAUAUUGGAGGUUACUCUCCAGUUUUUGAUGGGUUGUAUCAUUACUGCCGAACAUAUGCUGGUGCCUCUAUUGGGUGUGCUGUCAAACUUAAUUACAAACAUUGUGACAUUGCAAUUAAUUGGGGCGGAGGUCAUAGUCAUCCCAGAAAAUGUGAGGCAUCUGGAUUUGGCUAUAUAAAUGACAUUGUUCUGUCCAUUCUGGAGCUACUGAAAUAUCACAAGCGUGUUUUGUAUAUUGAUAUUGACGUUCACCAUGGUGAUGGAGUCGAGGAGGCCUUUUACACAACUGAUAGGGUCAUGACUGUCUCUUUUCACAAAUUUGGACACAACUAUUUCCCUGGUUCAGGUGAAAUCGAAAGCAUUGGAUAUGAAAAAGGAAAAUAUUAUUCCGUAAAUGUCCCCUUGCGUGAUGGAAUUGAUGAUGAAAGUUUUCAGUCUUUAUUUAAACCCAUCAUUCAGCAAGUGAUGACUGUCUAUGAUCCUGAGGCAGUUGUACUUCAGUGUGGAGCUGAUUCCUUGGCUGGAGACAAACUAGGCCGUUUUAAUCUUUCUGUAAAAGGGCAUGCAGAGUGUGUACGCUACAUGAGGUCAUUCAAUGUACCACUUAUGCUCUUGGGUGGUGGAGGAUUCACAAUUCAUAAUGUUGCUAAAUGUUGGUGUUAUGAGACAGCAGUUGCAGUUGGUAAAGAGAUUGAUGAGAAAAUACCUGAGGAUUUUGAGGAUUAUAAAGAUUAUGCACCAGAUUAUAGUAUUAAUGUGGCUCCAUGCGUUAUGGUAAACAAAAACUCAAAGCGGUUUUUGGAUAAAAUUAGGUCCAAAGUUCUUGAGAAUAUUAAUAAAAUGCCAUGUGCACCGAGUGUCCAAUUUCAAGAGCGCCCUCCAGAUACUCAUUUCCCUGAGCCGGAAGAAGAUGAUUAAGAUGCAAGCAGUAGAAGCUGUAAAUGGGAGGGAGCAAGUUCAGAGAAUGGUUGCUGAUCUUAUCUCAUUUCUAUGUUCACAAAUUCUACUAAAAUGGUUACUGUUGCUAUCUUAUAUAGGCACCAAAAUAUGUGCAUAAAAUGUUCUAUCUUCCAUUUAGAGUAAGAACUUAUUUCAAUGCUACUAUCAAAACGGCUGUUUUUGCAUCCAAUAUGUUAACACCCAAGGCUACUUUUUAACUCCUGAUAAAUGAUGGGAAUAGUAAUGCUAUA